AUGAGAGUCCCACUAAUAAAUAUCUCGAGAUUCUUUGUCAUCCUUCUUUCUCUCAGUGGUUCUUUAGCCGCUACAGAAGUAGAAACAGUGAAUCAAAACUUUAGUAGGUAUGAAACUGAUAAUUAUGGUUACACACCUCCGUCACCAACUUAUGGAGCUCCACCCAGCCAACCAACACCACCAAUUUACAGUCCUCCCAUCAACCCACCACCGGUGCAAAAACCUCCAACACCAACAUACAGUCCCCCAGUUAUACCACCACCAGUGCAAAAACCUCCGACACCAACAUACAGUCCUCCAGUUGUGCCACCUCCAAUACAAAAGCCACCAACACCGACAUACAGUCCUCCAGUAAAGCCACCUCCCAUUCAGAAACCACCGACACCAAUUUAUAGUCCACCCGUUAAACCACCACCUGUGCAAAAGCCUCCGACGCCAACUUAUAGUCCACCAGUUAAACCUCCUCCGGUAAAGCCUCCAACACCUACUUAUAGUCCUCCAAUAAAACCACCACCAGUACAGCAACCUCCGACACCAACCUAUAGUCCACCUGUAAAACCACCUCCAGUAAAACCUCCAACACCAACUUACAGUCCACCUGUUAAACCACCACCUGUGCAAAAGCCUCCGACACCAACCUAUAGUCCACCAAUUAAAUCACCACCAGUGCAGAAGCCUCCAACACCAACUUACAGUCCACCAGUUAAACCUCCUCCGGUGAAGCCUCCAACACCUACUUAUAGUCCUCCGAUAAAACCACCACCAGUACAACAACCUCCGACACCAACCUAUAGUCCACCUGUAAAACCACCUCCAGUAAAACCUCCAACACCAACUUACAGUCCACCUGUUAAACCACCACCUGUGCAAAAGCCUCCGACACCAACCUAUAGUCCACCAAUUAAACCACCACCAGUACAGAAGCCUCCAACACCAACUUACAGUCCACCAGUUAAACCUCCUCCGGUGAAGCCUCCAACACCUACUUAUAGUCCUCCGAUAAAACCACCACCAGUACAACAACCUCCGACGCCAACCUAUAGUCCUCCUAUAAAACCACCUCCAGUGAAACCUCCAACACCAACUUACAGUCCGCCUGUUAAACCACCACCUGUGCAAAAGCCUCCGACGCCAACCUAUAGUCCACCAGUUAAACCACCCCCCGUGCAAAAGCCUCCAACACCAACAUAUAGUCCUCCUAUCAAACCACCACCCGUCCAAAAACCUCCAACACCUACAUAUAUAAAACCACCACCAGUGCAACAACCUCCAACACCGACCUAUAGUCCACCAGUAAAACCACCACCAGUGAAGCCUCCAACACCUACUUAUAGUCCUCCCGUAAAGCCACCACCAGUGCAACAACCUCCAACACCAAGUUAUAGUCCUCCUGUAAAACCACCACCAGUGAAACCUCCUACACCUACUUAUAGCCCUCCUGUAAAACCACCACCAGUGCAACAACCUCCAACACCAAGUUAUAGUCCUCCUGUAAAACCACCACCAGUGCAAAAGCCUCCGACACCCACUUAUAGUCCACCUGUUAAACCACCACCGGUGCAAAAGCCUCCAACACCAACUUAUAGUCCUCCCGUAAAGCCACCACCAGUGCAACAACCUCCAACACCAAGUUAUAGUCCUCCAGUAAAGCCACCACCAGUGCAGAAGCCUCCAACACCAACAUAUAGUCCACCUAUUACACCUCCCCCGGUGAAGCCUCCAACACCAAUUUAUAGCCCUCCUAUAAAACCACCACCAGUGCAACAACCUCCAACACCAACUUAUAGUCCACCAGUUAAACCACCUCCAGUGAAGCCUCCGACACCAACUUACAGUCCACCAGUAGUACCACCACCAAUACAGAAGCCUCCAACGCCCACAUACAGUCCACCUGUAAUUCCACCACCUGUGCAGAAGCCUCCAACACCUAUUUAUAGUCCUCCACAAGUCGGUUAUGGUACUCCUCCUCCAUAUGCACAUCUUUCACAGCCUUAA